AAUAUCACAUAUUUUGGAUUUGAAUGAAACUAAUCAUGUUGCGUACACUUUGUGUUAUCUGUGGAAGGAGAAUCGCUUCCGGUUCCUCUGAAGGUGGCCAUUUUCUUUAGUGCAAAGUUACGGUGUUUUGGUGUUGUGUUUGGAAGAUACAGAUUUUCUGAAAUGGAAAACGACGCUGGUGAAUUUGUUGAUCUCUACUGUCCUAGGAAGUGCUCUGCAAGUAACCGGAUCAUCCAUGCCAAGGAUCAUGCUUCAAUCCAGAUUAAUAUUGCUGACGUGGAUCCACAAACAGGACGAAUGACAGAGACGUCAAAGAUGUAUGCUAUAUGUGGGGCCAUAAGAAGGAUGGGGGAGUCUGAUGAUUGCAUUAAUCGACUUGCGAAGAAGGAUGGAGUACUAGCCAAGAACUUUUCCAACUCCCCGUGAUUCUACAUAAUAUUUGUAUAAUGACAAACCAAUAAAUUUAUUACUGAAAUUA